AUGUCGUGGGCAGGCUUCAAGAAGAACGUGAACCGCGCAACGACGCAGGUGAUGAUGAAGACGGGUCAUGUCGAGAGGACCAACGAUCGAGACUACGAAGUGGAGGAGAGGAGGUACAGAACAAUGGAGUCGGCAGCGAACAAGCUGCAAAAGGAAGCGAAGGGUUAUCUCGAUAGUCUGAGAGCCAUGACAGCAUCACAAAUGCGGAUAGCGGAGACAAUCGACGCAUUUUACGGCGACGCUGGUACAAGAGAUGGGGUAUCAAGGUCUUACAAGCAGGCCGUCGAAGACUUGGACGCCGAAACAAUCAAGGCUCUUGAUGGUCCAUACCGUGCCACUGUUCUCGAACCGAUCUCCCGCUUCUGCGCAUAUUUUCCCGAUAUCAAUGAAUGUAUCAAGAAACGCAACAACAAACUCCUUGAUUACGAUUCAAUGCGAUCCAAGGUCAAGAAACUGGUGGAAAAGCCCGACAAGGAUGUGACAAAACUACCCCGUGCAGAGCGUGAAGCCGAAAUGGCGAAACAAGCAUACGAACAACUCAACGAACAACUCUUUACCGAACUCCCUCAACUCAUCGAUCUCCGCGUCCCUUACCUCGACCCAUCUUUCGAAGCACUUGUCAAGAUCCAACUUAGAUUUUGUGCAGAAGCAUAUAGCCGAAUGGCCCAAGUUCAACAAUAUCUCGAUGCAGACACCAGAGAGCAGUACGCUCGAGGUGAUCUAGACAAUCGGGUUGAACAGGUCCUUUCUGAGAUUCGAGAUCUGACCAUCGCUGGCACAGUCUAG